AUGAAUGCCAUAAGUCUUAUAACAAACUAUAUUCCUAAUAUACCACCAAUAAAACAAAAUAACAACAAAAAUAAUGAUAAUAGCACACUCAAAGAGCAAAACGAUAUAACUAAUAUUGAUUUACACAGCGAUAAUAAUGCAAAUGAUGAUAACAAGUUCACUCAUGAAUCAACUAAAAAGGAAAUUGAUAGCCAGGCGAAUUUGGUAAAACCACAAAGUGGCACUACAAAUAAUGACAAUACUGCUACCGGAUUUAACCCACUUCCAAACAAAUGCAUUGUCGAUCAAAAAAUUAAUACCUGCACAGAUCAAGAAUAUCAAGGACAAAAUGAAAUAAUUAAGAAGGGAGAGAGCACUCCUUUACUUCUAGCAAAAACACAAAUGAAAAAAAAUGAUACAGAUUUCGACCCUAAAAAAACAAAAAAAAUUGUAAUUAUUUGGAAAAUUAUAAUAUUUCUGCCCAAUCUAUUGAUUUUAAAACCGGUUCUUUUUAUUUGGUUUAUUAUAACUUUCCCAAUAACCAUUUUUGAAAAGCCCAACAUUUCUAAUAAUGAAGUCCCCGCAUUAUCAUCUACUACUACUACUAAUACUACUACACUUAAUAAUGAUAAAGACAUUGCUAAUAAUGAUAAUACGAGUAAUACAAACAAUAAUAUUACAAUAACACUUGCAUCUAAAGCUGAUAAUGUGAUUAACUCUACAUUUCCAAUUAUAGAAGAGAAUUUGAGUAAAAACAGUUCGAUAACGCUAGAAAAAGAUACCAAUAAAAGUGCAAAUAAUAGCAUGAAUGAAACAAAAAAUUCAAUAUACAGUAAGAAAUUUGGAAGAUUUUUCUUUCCAAAAAAGCUAAUACCGAAUUCGAUAAUAAAUAACAGUAGAAAAAAAAAGACCCUAAUAUUGGAUUUGGAUGAAACUUUAAUUCAUUCAAUGUCAAGAACAACGUCAUCGCCAAAUAUUUUAAACAACAGCCAGCAGGCACAAGUAAUUGAAGUACAACUAAAGCUUCCUUCGUCUCCGAGUGGUACCAGUCGAAACACAAUCGCUAAUUCUAAAAUGAUAUCUACAUUGUAUUAUGUCCUAAAAAGACCAUACUGUGAUUUAUUUUUGAAUAAAGUUAGCGCCUGGUACAACGUGGUUAUUUUUACUGCGUCAAUUAAAGAGUAUGCUGACCCGGUGAUAGAUUGGUUGGAGAGCAGCACCAAGGUGCGAAUUGCUAAAAGAUUAUAUAGGACUGAUUGCUUGCUGAAAGAUGGAUUAGGUUACGUCAAAGACUUGAAUAUUUUGAAUCAAAGCUUAAAUGAUAUAAUCAUUAUUGAUAAUAGCCCUAUAAGCUAUUAUCUGCACUUGGACAAUGCUGUUCAUGUGGAAGGAUGGAUUAAUGAUCCAAGUGAUACAGAUUUAUUACAACUAUUGCCACUAUUAGAGGCCUUGCGCUUCACCACCGAUGUUCGUAACAUUUUGUGUCUCAAAAAUGGAGAAGAUGCAUUUAAUUGA